UACAUUUACCUGUUCAUCCACCGCUAACCCUCCAGUAAUGGACGACCAGUAUGUCAUCACUCUGACAUCAACUGGGAAGACAUUUGCCUGUGACCCCGAGGUGAAUGGCUGCACAAAAGUCACGUGUACCGCUACCAAUGCCAUAGGAACAGCAAAUGGCUCGCAAGUUCUGUGUCCAGGAGCGACAACAACUCCGGGGGUUGCACCAAGUACUACCAGUUCCACUACAGAUCCUGGUCGGCAAUGCUUUUGCUAUUGGUACAUUUGGGUCUGUAUUCCCGUCAUAGUUGUAAUUGGGGGUGUCCUUGUUGUCUGCUGGACCUGGAAGCGACGUCGUUGUUACAUCAGAUCGACGAAAAGGAGACGAGACAAGCAUAUAAACAGAGAUUGCGACGAUGGGCACGGCGAGAUGUCUACAAAACCGCCAAAAAAACGACAAAUACCUCUUGCUGGUCCUUCAGUUAACAAGAACAAUCAACCAGAUGGUCCGACGAACAAGAUGACCAAACCCGCUGUCUAUGAAAGUAUCUCAGAAAACAAAAUGGCCGCCGGGUCCAAAGCGCCUAAAGAUGCCACGUAUGGCAAUGUAGGACCCGAAUUGUCAUUCUCGCGAGAUCUCAUAGUGAUCGAGAACGAGAUUGGGCGAGGUGCGUUCGGGAGAGUGCUUCUCGGUACAGCGCAAGGGGUUAUGGGAGAUGGGAAUCGCACAAAGGUCGCCAUUAAAACACUGAAAGAUGGUGCUGAUGGACAAGCAAAGACCGGCCUCCUGCAGGAGUUGGACCUAAUGAAGAAAGUGGGUUCACAUCCACACGUGGUCAAUCUAUUGGGAUACUGUGUAGAGAAAGAUCCCAUCUACGUCAUCGUUGAAUAUCUCAGUAAAGGUGACCUUAAGAAGGUUCUGAUUGGAUAUAGAUCUGAAGAUACUGGAACUGGUUUCUCCAACAUACAUGGUAUAGGUAAAUCACUCUCUAAGACAUUGAUCAAGUUUGCCAGAGAUGUGGCAAGUGGAAUGGCCUUCUUGUCGUCACAAAAGUGUAUCCAUCGUGAUCUGGCUGCCCGUAACGUUCUGGUAAGUGAAGACAUGGUCUGUAAGGUGGCUGACUUUGGACUGGCCCGUGACGUCAUGAAUGUCCGCAUCUACGAGCGCGAAUCAGAGGGAGUUCUGCCCAUGCGCUGGAUGGCGUUGGAAUCCCUUCUUGAUGACGUGUACACAACAGAGAGUGACGUAUGGUCUUUUGGGAUUCUCCUCUGGGAGAUCGUUACUCUUGGUGCGAGGCCAUAUCGACUCAUGACUGCAAAGACAAUGGUUGCCCAACUCAAGGAGGGCUACCGUAUGCCUAAACCAGGACACUGCAGGGAAGAGCUAUACUCCAUGAUGAGCAGCUGUUGGCUUCAAAAUCCAAACAAGAGACCAACUUUCCGUAGUCUCUUCAAACAGUUGGAGAAGAGUUCGACAAAUGAAGCGGAUUACAUCAAACUGGGUGAUCUGGACGGAAAUAUCUACGAGGUGACAAAGAUAGGGGAUGGCAACGAGAAACUGUGAGAGUUUGCUG